ACCGAAUCACUAACUGCCCGAUCGUCUCUCCACGCGUCCAAUAUCUUCAUCUCUACCGUCCACGUCUCUGUUUUUGAAAAAUCCAAGUCAGUGGUCAUGCAUACCCAUCUGUCUCCAAUCUAACGGCCACGUAAAACCAACGGCCAGGAUUUCAUGUAUUUUUUUUAUAUACUACUCCUGCGACAUUUGCUCCUGCUUUCCAAGCAAAUGAAAAUGAAACCCAAACCGAAGCCGACGUCCGAUCACAUCUCUGUGCAAAUGGCGUUAGAUGCCGAAGAGCUCAGCCAACUCAUCUUGACAAAAACGAAGAAUACACGUCGGAAGAGGCUGAAAGUCCGGCGACUAAAGUACACGUAUCGAUCGAAGAUCCACGUCGAGCCACAGAAAGAGAAACAACUACUAGACGAGAAUCAGGAUGAUUAUCACCACAGCGUGGAGAAGAAGAUAUCGUUAUCUUUGACAUCUUCCUACGAAAACGACGAGGUUUUGUCUUUCCGUAGAGAAAGUCCGGAGAGUUUUACUACCUACGGCUCGGUGUCCUUGAUAGGGAGGAGGAGAGAGAUGGAAGAUGCGGUGAGAGCGGAGUUAGGGUUCAUGAAAAAGAGUAAGACUGCCGUAAAGUACGAUUUUUUCGGAGUUUACGAUGGGCACGGAGGGCCCCAAGUGGCGACGGCGUGCGAGGAGAGGUUGCAUGGGGUUCUGGCUGAGGAGAGAGAUGAUCAUGUUCAAGGUGAGGAUGAAGGGAUGGAUUAUUGGCAGAGGGUGAUGGAUGCGUGUUUUGGUAAAAUGGACGAGGAGGUGAGGGAUAACGGGUUGGGAAGAACGGUGGGAUCGACGGCUGUUGUGGCGGUGGUGGGGGAGGAGGAGGUGGUGGUGGCAAACUGUGGGGAUUGCAGGGCGGUGAUGUGUAGUGGUGGUGUGGCCUUGGUCUUGUCUACGGAUCACAAGCCUGGUAGACCAGAUGAGUUGAACAGAAUUGAAUCUGCUGGUGGAAGGGUCAUAAAUUGGAAUGGGCAACGCGUUCUUGGUGUUCUUGCCACUUCAAGAUCAAUAGGUGAUCACUACCUUAGACCGUACGUAAUUUCCAAACCAGAAGUGACCAUUACCAAGCGAACCGAUAAAGAUGAAUUCCUCAUACUAGCCAGUGAUGGCUUGUGGGACGUUAUUCCUAAUGAACUUGCAUGCCGGAUUGUGAAGAGAUGUCUUGAUGGAAAAAUGAGGAGGAGCUCUAUACAGGAGGUUGAGAAUGAAUGCUGCCCGGCCGAGGCAGCAGCAUUAUUGGCUGAGCUAGCACUGGCUCGGGGAAGCAAAGAUAACAUUAGUGUUAUUGUAGUUGAGAUGAGGAAACCCAGAGGUUUUGUCGGUUCAUAGUCUUACCUUUCAAUCUACAUUUAGUACCUGAUCAUCAUGGCAUUUACUCUUCUGGGUUGCUUUUCCGAAUGCAAAAAGCUUUCAAUCUGGAAACUGACCAAGGAUUUGGAUGAGGAAAUCGGAACGGGCCUCGGGAAAUGGUGGCCGGAUGGGAGCUAUAUAUAUAUAUAAAUUUGUGAAACACCUGUGUCAUAGACUCAAUACUACAAUAAAUUCUUUUGUGUUGGUUUGUUAACCACAACAUGCACCAUCCUUGUAAUCAUCUCCUUGGUUAUUACAAGGACUCGGAAACGGAGCUCACCAUUUUUGUUUUUUCUCUCUACCAUUUCUUUUGGGUUUGGCUUUGCUGUGGUGGUAUGUUUUCUUUUUUUGAUGGGCUUCUUUUUGCAUUGGUCCUGCUUUUACUUUGUUUUCUCUGCAUGUUGUGGUAGGCCUUCAAGCCGAAACCAGUCAAUCAGUCAGGGUUUUUGCUUUGUGGUUCCUUGAUAAUAUAGAUUGCUACUGUUUAUGAUAAAA